AAGAAAUAAAAACAAUGUAGGUUAAAAGAGCAAAUGAGCUGAUUCCGCAAAAAUGGAUAGAUUAACAAAACGUGAGAAAGAAUAUAAAGAGGUAAUUGAACAGCAAAAAGAUCAGCUUGGUCGUUAUGAAAAGAAAUUGAGGGAUGUUGUUCAAGCUUAUAAAGGGAUACAAAAAGAAAAGGAAGCUUUGGAAUCAAGUUUGAAAGCAUUAGCAGAAGCAAAGAGUUCAUCAGCUGAAGGAGAUUCUACUAGGGAUGAUGAUGAAUUAGAACAUAAUAUUGAUCAAGCUACUGUUCUUGAUGAAACUGGGAAUGAAUUGGAGCUUGCUGGAACUUCAAGCAAAGAAAAGGAUAUCAUUAAGAGGCUCAAAGCUCAAUUGGGUACCUUAUCUGAUUCCUUAGCAACUAUAACUACUGAAAAAUCAAGGUGUGAAGCAAAUUUUCAGCAAGAUCGAAGGCGACUCUUACUUGAAAAAGAAGUUCUUGAAAAAUCAGUUGCAGUUGCCUAUAGUCAGGCAGAGAUUUCCUCACAAGCAUUCAAACAGCAAUUGUCCGAGCUAAAAUCUAAUCUUAGUGCAGAAAAAUUGGAAAGAAGUAGGGAGUCCACAAAUAAUCAAGUAAUUCUAAGAGAACUGCAAAAAACGAUUGCAGAAGAGAGACAGAAAAGAGAAAGCCUUGAAUUAGAAUUGAGUUGUAAAUCACGGUUGUCUCACCAAGCAAGCAAUCUGUCGUCAAACCAACUAGAAGUGGCGGAAAGAAAAUUACGGGAUCUGAGCAAUGAACUUGAAUCUACAAAAAUGAAACUGUUUUCUGCCGAGCAGAAACUCCAGGAACCAUCUUCUCAUCUCGUGCGACUCCAAAACGAAAUGGCUGACCUGAAGAUCCAACAUCGCCUGGCAAUUCAACAGGAGCAGCGCAAUGCAGUUGAGGCCAAGGAAGAUGCGCGACAACUAGCCGAAGCUCAUGAAAAGAGAGUUGCGACUUUAGAAACUCGGUUAGCCGAAUUUUCUGAACGAAUCGGAUCCUACGAUCGUUUGCGACAACAGGACUUAGCUACUGUUACCAAACUAAAGGAGCAAUUGAAUACGAUGCAAAAUACGCCUAGCCCACCUUCCCACAGCGAAGAGGACUACGAUAUCGAAAAGCUUAUUGGUAAAAUAAAAUCAUUAAAAAACCGGCUCCUGGACUUAAGUCGCCGAUCGAAUGCAACAGUUAAUCUUACUGCCAUUUUUGAAUUGGAUAAUACCAACUCAAAUUCGGAUCAUGAUGAUGCUUGUCAGUUGGAAUUGCAACAGCUUCGAAAAGAAUUAGAAUGGUACAAACGCGAUGAAAAGCAAAGCAGCAGUGCAAAAUCUGUAGGUUUGUCAGCCCCUGCAGAAGAAGAGAUUAACCAAAUGCGCAUUAAGAUUCAGUUCCUUCGUAAUGAAAUGGAACACAAUGAACAAGAGCAUAAAGAUUCUUUAAGAUCAGUGCAGGAAUCCUGGGCAAAAGAACGUACUGAAUGGAAAGACGAAUUAAGCCAAAUGGAACGUUCGUGUCGAACUCGUAUAGCCGAUAUGGAGCAGCAACUUCAAAAGCAAAGAGAGAGGUCUCUUACCCUGCUUCAAGAAAAGGACGAAGAGCUUGUUAGCCUCCGUGAGUUACUAAAUAUGAAGAACCUACCCACAUUGUCUCUACCUCCUGCCAACGUUACCUCCAAAGUUACCGACUCAAAUGAAGAAUGGCCGGAAUCCUUGGCUCCUCUCGCUUCAUUGAGGCUUGGGGCUUCUGCUAGUGGCGGGCAAAUGUUGCAUUACGUCGAAGAAUUAGCCUGGAAGGAGGGAGAGAUUCAGGGUCUUCGUCGUUCCAAGAACCAGCUGGAAGCCUCUCUACGAGAAAUGCAAAUGGCAUUUGUCACUAUGGAGCAUAAAAUGGCUGAACAAAAGCAACAUCUUCAUGAGGAACUUGCCCGUUUGGAACGUAACCAAUCGCGCGAAGGCGCCAAUUUGGAGUACCUUAAAAACGUACUUUUGGAGUUUUUUCUUCAUUCCGAUCCGUCCUCCCAGUCUCACAUGUUUAACGCAAUAGCUGCCUGCCUCCAUUUCUCGCCGAAAGAGAUCCAGCGAGUGCGAUCACAGCACCCUAAAUGGAAAUUGACUGUGGUGCAAAUGAAUCCAGCAGCACCUUUCAGUCCAACAAACUCCUACUAAGUCGAAGUGGAAAUUGUUUCUGAAGCAGUUAACGCUCGACGAAAUUCCAAGUGUCCUUGCAUAUAAUUAUUAUAUCAUUUAAAUAUAUAUUUUUCUUUAAAAACAAACAAUCAUGACCAAUUAUAUUGAAACAUGAUUUAAUCGAAAUUAUCAGAUAAUGUGGCAUUGGUCAAGACCUUUUAACCAUUUAUCUAUUUGAACUAGCAGAAAAAAUGGCAGAAAUAAGUAAUAAAUGUUAUUAUGUAUUGGUAAACGUCAUUUUUUAGACAAAGAUAAUGCCUCGUAAUGGUACGUCAUUUUUUUAUUUAGUACGCGUAUUUCAUAUCAAAGUAGGCUAAUUUGAUGUUGACCUUCUUAUGUUCGUGAAUAAUCCCUUUUACAGAAAAUGAGUACAUUUUCCCGGACAACAACAAUCAAAGACCUUGAAACGGUUUAUAUUACGUUUAUUUUCUUCGUCGUUCUCAAAGCUCUGGUGAAUGAGGUACAAUCGAAUCGCUCUAUUCACACAAUAAUAAAAGGAGGAAAUCGAAAAGGGAAACUGAAAAAAAAAAAAAACUUGCCGAAUAGAGAAAGUGAAAACGCGCAAGAAAACACUUGGAUUUACUUAUUUUUUUGUUUUUGAAAGCGAAAAGAGCAAAAAAAAAAAAAAAACAUUAUGGUCCGUCUGGGUCCAGUUCCCAACGAGUCCAUACGUUUAUGCAAUAUAACUCUGUGGGCGAUUUUCUAAUGAAAAUGACUUGAAUGAAUGUAACACGUCACAUUAUCAACGAGAAUAAAUACAGCAGUCGAGUUGCUGGCACACUCGAGUU